AUGGCCACGGCACCGGCCUCGCUGGGCCUCCAGAUCCCGCCGUCCUCCUCGACGGUUGACGUGUAUAUCAUCGACAAUGGGGUUCGAAUGUGGGGUUUUGCAGGCUCCUCGAUGAUGGACCCUGUUCUCCCAGGCUUCGAGAAAGGAGACGAAGUACCAUCGUAUAGUUUUCUCAUCCGCCACAAACAGCCUGAAGCCAACCUGUUGUUCGACCUCAGCCUUCGUCGGGACUGGCAGUCGGCUUUUCCACCGGCUUUUGUGAAAGGUGUGCAGAGAAUGGGGCUGGAGGCCCGCGUCGGGAAGGAUAUCGCCGAACUGCUGCUUGACAACUCCGUGGAUCUCGCUGACAUCGAAGCCAUUAUUUUGAGCCAUCACCACUUCGACCACACUGGAGACUUAACUAAAUUUCCGUCCUCAACGGAUGUUCUCGUCGGACCCGGUUAUGUGAAGGCUUUCCUGCCCGGCUGGCCCGCGAACCGCAAACAAUAUGAGACCACCUCUGACCUUUAUGAGAGCCGUCGGACAAUCGAGCUGGACUUCACACCCAGUAACCCGAAGGCGCUAUCGUUUGGUGGCUUUAUGGCACAUGACUAUUUCUCGGACGGCAGCUUCUAUGUCCUCUCAACCCCCGGUCAUACCAUCGGACACCUUUCAGCACUUGCUCGCACGACGUCCGAGGACGGCAAGUCGACGUUUAUAUUCAUGGGUGGCGAUAUUGCUCACACUCAUGCCGUCUUCAGGCCUUCUUCGAAGCAUCCCCUGCCGGCCGCAAUUCCCACCCCAAAUGGUCGACCAUUCACGUCGACCACAUGUGGCCAGGCCCUGUCGCGAACAGCGCCAUUCAGUCGAGUUGCCGGUCCAGAGCAUGAUCUCGGGGAGUCACAGCAAAGUGCAAACAAGCUGGCUGAUUUUGACGGCGAGAGAGACAUUUUGACGGUCCUGGCACAUGAUGCCAGCCUGCAAGAUGUUCUCGACUUCUUCCCCCGGAAAGCGAAUGGUUGGAGGGAGAAGGGAUGGAAGCGAGAGGGCCACUGGCGAUGGUUAGCGCCUUGUCUGGGGAAAUCCGAACUAUCCAAGCUCUGA